AUGUUGCAGUUGCCCUCAAUGACCUUUGCUCUAUGUCGCCGCCACCACUUCUUUGAUCUAGGUCGACACAUCUAUUCACAACCGUCUCUGCCCACAACCGUCUCUUCUUCUCGUCACAGAGCAGUCGUCCCUCACAUUACCAAACUCUACAAGUCUUUAUCAGGCAAUCCUGAGGAUAUCGCAAAAGAGAAAGCUCGUUUGGCCGCUAACCAGGUGAAAGGACCGGUGCUAGUUGAAGACAUUUUCCUCUAUUUCAAUGCUCUGAAAGGCCUCUCUGGACCUUACAUAUAA